AUGUCACAUCCACCAGAAUAUGCCCCCACGGCAUCAACAUCUUUCACUAUCUCCUCAAAGUCGUCUAAGUUUAACCAAGAAUUAACCCGAUCGUCAUUAAUAAAAUCACCAUCAAAUAAAUCAAUUUACAACUCAUUGGCUGAGAUAAGUUCCAUUUUACUUUCAAUAGAAAUGUUGGAAAACUCAUUCAUUAAGGAUUAUAUCACAGAUAAGGAAAAAUAUACAUCUACGGCAUAUAGACUAAUAUAUCAAUACCAAAUUAUAAUCAAGGGGUUUGAUGAAUUGAAAUUACCAGUGUUGCGAGAACUUAUGCCAGACUUAUCGUCGGAUUUAUCCAAUUUCUUGGACCUAUUCACUUCGAAAUUUAACUUGAAUUGUACACAAGCUGUAAAUAGACUACUAAGCGGUGUGCCAUCAACAAUAGACCACGUUAGUGGUGCAUCAGACUCAGGAAUAAACACAGGUAAUAAGGCUAAUGCAAGGUUAAUUGCUGAGAUCACGGGCAAUUUCAUCACUUGUAUGGAUGCGGUUAAACUAAAUUACAAAACCAGAGAUCAAUUACAUCCAUUAUUAAGUGAUUUAGUUGUCAAUUUGAAUGAAUUUAAUGAAAGUAUAGAGUUUAAUGGGAAAUCGAAAUUAAUUAAUUGGCUUAUAAAGAUUAAUAAUUCAGAGAAGGAACUUUCACAAGAAGAUUCUGAUUCGUUUCUAAAUGACUUGGAUAUUGCGUAUAAAGGAUUCUAUACAUCUUUGGAAAGCCACUAA